AUGUUUUACAGGUCCGCCGGUGAGUUUUCCGGCUCUGAUACCAUGCCAAGAUCGAAUGAUGGUAGUGAGGCAGAUGUUACAAUAUACAAUUAUCAACAAUUUCGACACAUCGAAUGGCCUCCUGGUUGGAGUCUAAGCUGGGAAUGGCAGAGACAUGAAGUGAUAUGGUAUAUGCAAGGAGCAGAAGCCAAGGAACAAGGGGUAUGUAACAAAACACUAGGGACAACUCCUCCUCACUGCUGCUUAAAGCAUCCUGUGAUCAUUGAUCUUCAACCGGGAGCUUCUCUUAAUAAACAGGCAGCUAAUUGCUGCAAAGGAGGGGUGUUAACUUCUAUGACUCAAGACCCAAAUAAGUAUGCAUCACAUUUUCAGAUGAGUGUUGGUUUUGGCUCGAAUAUGGCAGCCUCGAAACCAAAAAUGCCAAAAAAAUUUAAAUUUGGUACUCCUGGUUAUACAUGUGGUGAUCCUGAGGAGGUUGUUCCUCCUACCAAGUUCCCUGAGGAUGGUGGACGUCGAUGGAGGCAAGCACUUAGUACAUACAGGGUGAUUUGUACUUACUCCCAAUUCAAAGCAGCAUCUGCCCCUACUUGUUGUGUCUCCUUGUCUGCAUUUUAUAGCACGACGAUAACAUUCUGUCCCAACUGCAGUUGUGGCUGCCAAGAACAACCUGGCUUAUCAUGCGUAAGGAAAGGGCAAACACCUCUAAUGUUGAAGCAAUCAAAGGAUCCAGAUGAUGUACCGCCUCCUUUAGUGAAUUGCACGAGUCAUAUGUGUCCGAUUCAUGUGCAUUGGCAUGUCAAACAGAGCUAUAAAGACUAUUGGAGGGUCAAGAUCACGAUCAUGAAUCUGAAUAUACAUAAAAACUAUACUACGUGGAACUUGGCUGUUGAGCAUCCGAACCUCAAUGAUGUAGUGCAGGUUUUCAGCUUCAAUUACAUGCCCCUUACUCAGGAUCGCCCUACCAAUGAUACUGGACUGUUCUGGGGGAUACAGUAUUACAAUGAUGUGUUGCUACAAUCAGGACAGAGCGGGAACGUGCAGACCGAGAUGCUGCUGAGGAAAGUACCAGGAACCUUCACCUUUGAUGCUGGUUGGGCGUUCCCGAAGAGAGUUUAUUACAAUGGCGAAAACUGUGUCAUGCCUCUCCCCAUCGACUUUCCCAGAUUGCCUAAAGAGAGCCAGCAUGUCAGGCGAUAG